UAUACCGGGCUGAUAUUUUUUUCUCUAAUUGUGGAUGCAAAUUGGGAACGAAUGCCGCCGCGCAUUGUGGACGCAAGCGCAACUCAAGAGUUUUUUUGUUAGUACAAUUUUACAGCUUAAUCUGAAAUGGACGAAUUAAGGCGAGACACAGUCACACAGCAAGGCCAUACUCUCCAUCUUGCGCUGAAACGACGACAACCUCAUCAGCGCGCGCCAUGCAGGCAUCGCUAUUCUUGGCCAAGAGACAGCAGCCACACCCCCAUGCCAUGCGCAACGCCUCAUCUCUCUCCCCACCACCCUCGCCACGCGCCGGGGGGGGGGGGGGGGGGGCGGCUCCUGAAUCCUCUCUCCUCCCCCGUCUCCGCCUCCCUUUCUCUCUCUUCGCAUCGACCUCCUGUUUUCCCUCCCAGGAAAACUGCGUGCCAGCAACUAUCGCGCGCAACAACAGGGCCGUCGUCAAGCGCUGGCGCCGGCGGGCUGGUUCCCCGGCACCGCUCUGGACAUGGCCAGAGUGCCAUCUAUCGCGCGCCUCCUCAUGCUGGCCGGCUGCCUCCUGCAGCUCGCUGACGCCGCGCGGCUCCCGGUCUCCCUCGCGCCUGAAGCCGACGCGCUCCUCCAGCUCAAGUCCGGCAUCAAGGACGACGCCGACGCGCUCCGGAGCUGGUCGCCCGGCACAAGCCCAUGCAAUGGCGACGACUCCAACUGGGACGGAGUCAUGUGCAACAAGGGCGGCGUGCACGGCCUGCAGCUCGAGAAGUUGGGCCUCUCCGGCACGCUCGACCUGCUUCCUCUCAAGAGCCUCCGUGGCCUCCGCACGCUGAGCUUCAUGGACAACGAGUUCGCCGGCCCAAUGCCCGACGUUAAGGAGCUCGGGGGGCUCCGGGCCAUCUUCCUGUCCGGGAACAAGUUCUCUGGGGAGAUCCCUGCCGACGCGUUCGCUGGGAUGGGCUCGCUCAAGAAGGUGUUCCUCUCCAAGAACAACUUCUCCGGCCCCAUCCCGGCGUCGCUCGCCGACGUGCCGAGGCUCCUCGACCUGCAGCUCAAUGACAACAAGUUUCAGGGCAAGAUCCCUGACCUCGCACAGAAGGAGUUGAAGGAAGUCAAUCUCGCAAACAAUGAGCUCGAGGGGGAGAUCCCGGCGAACCUCAAAUCCAUCAAACCUGACAUGUUUGCCGGCAAUAAGAAGCUUUGCGGUGCACCCCUUGAUGCCAAAUGCGAGGCCCCGUCGUCCCCACCGCCAAAGUCGGCGCCGCCGCCGACCUCCGACAAAAUAGGGACCCGGCCGUCGCCGCCAACCCCAGACGCCGCGACGUCAACGGGUGGCCCGUCAGCUGACGACGCCGCGCAAAACGCUCAGGCGCCCACCCAUGGCUCGACGGCGCCCGGCGUCCUCGUCGCGUUCCUCGGCACGCUGGCAAUCAUCGGCUUCGCGUUCGUCGCGCUUCAGAGGCGGCAGGAGUACAACACCAAGAACUUCGGCCCGACUGUGUCGAUGAGGCCCUCAAUGCCGAAGAUCGAGCCGUACCCACCAGCAAAGGUCGAAGCCCGGCCGGCGCACGUCGAGCCGCGUGGCGCCGACGAGGAACGCAGCAACCGCGUGGGCGGCAGCACGGUACGGAAGGUGGAGCAGGGGCGGCUGACGUUCGUGCGCGACGAUCGCGGCCGGUUCUUCGAGCUGCAGGACCUGCUAAAGGCGACGGCGGAGGUGCUCGGCACCGCCAACCUCGGCGUGUGCUACCGCGCCACCCUCACGAGCGGGCACUCCGUCGUCGUCAAGCGGUUCAAGGAGAUGAACCGGGUGGGCAGGGAGGACUUUGAGGAGCACAUGUGCCGCCUCGGCCGGCUCAGCCACCCCAACCUCCUCCCGCUCGUCGCCUACUACUACCGCAAGGAGGAGAAGCUGCUCAUCCACGACUACGUCCCCAACAGGAGCUUGGCUAACGUCCUUCAUGGCGAAGGCCGCGGGUUGAAGAAGGCGAUGGUGCACUGGACGGCGAGGCUCAAGAUCGUGAAGGGCGUGGCGCGGGCGCUCAACUACCUGUACGACGAGCUGUGCAUGCUCACGGUGCCGCACGGCCACCUCAAGUCGUCCAACAUCCUGCUCGACGACCGCUUCGAGCCGCUGCUCACCGACUACGCGCUGGUGCCGGUGAUGAACCAGUCGCACGCCGCGCAGCUCAUGGUGGCCUUCAAGUCCCCCGAGCGAAAACAGUUCGGCCGCUCGUCCAAGAAAAGCGACGUCUGGUGCCUCGGCCUGCUCAUCCUCGAGAUCCUCGCCGGGAAGCCGGCGAUCUAUGAUCAGCCGAAGUCGCAGGCAGCGGGGCCGUCGGGCGAGCAUCAGCCGGCGCCGUCAGGCAACGACCUCGUCGGCAUCGUAAGCUCAACGCCGGAGGGCGAGUGGCUGGACGCCGUGGUGGACGCGGAUCUGAAGUGCGAGGAGGACGAGAACAAGGAAGAGAUGGUGAAGCUGAUCAGGAUCGGCAUGGCGUGCUGCGAGGGCAACGUGGAGAGCCGGUGGGAGCUCAAGAACGCCGUGGAGAGGAUCGAGGAGCUCAAGGGGAAGGAGCGCGCGAACGAGGAGCACUCCUUCUACUCGUCGGUGAAUGACGAGGACUUCAGCAAUGUUGCCGUCAACUGAUCGACAUGAACUGGGAAUGGAUUGGGGGCGUGUUGUAUGCAUCGAAGUAAUUAAGCUCACUGAUCUGCGGUGUACAUGCGGACGCUAAACAUGAACUAGUACGUACCUAUCUGUUGCCGAUGGUACGGUAGACUUUGGAAAGGAAAGAAGAAAAGAUAGUAAAGUCUCAAAUCAAAAAUCUACGUUUGAUUUUCCUAGGGUAGGUGCAAUUGCAAUUUCAAUUUUAUC